UGGGCAAAGUCAUUAAAGCCAGGGCAGAAGGACGUGUGCCUGCUCGAACGGUGGGACGUCGUGGGAAGGAGCGGAAGCAGCUCGCGGUGACGCCGUCACGAGGGACUGGGUCUUGGGGCAGUUGGUGGGCCCCCCUCGCGCCGGCGUUGCUUAGGAACCCCACAUCGUGCUGUCACCUGCUGAACCCCGAAUUCUGGAUUAGUCGCGGUUGGAGAAAGUUCGGCGGGAUCGUCAGGAAGCGUACGACGGCGAUUUGAUGUUAAAAAAUCGGUUCUCAGAAACCCGCAGCGAUGUCUUCCUGGCUAGGGGGCAUCAGCUCUGGUCUAGGCCAUUCUUUGGGCCAAGUGGGGGGCAGCUUGGCGUCCCUCACUGGCCAUAUAUCAAACUUUACCAAGGAUAUGCUGCUGGAAGGAGCGGAGGAAGUAGCAGAAUUAUCAACUUCUAGAAAAAGUGAAAUCGAAGCCCUUCAUUCGAUCUUAAAGUCAGAGAAUGAAAGGCUCAAAAAACUAUGUACUGAUCUUGAAGAGAAACAUGAAACAUCAGAGCUUCAAAUAAAACAGCAGUCAGCAAGUUACAGAGGUCAACUGCAGCAGAAAGAGGUGGAAAUCAGCCACCUUAAAGCCAGACAGACAGCGCUGCAGGACCAGCUACUAAAGCUGCAGUCGGUCCAUUCGGGAGCUAGCAGCAUCCCUGCCACAUCAUCCGCGUUCAGCUACGGGGCCAGUCAUCACACGUCAGCAUUCCACAGUGACGACAUGGACUUCAUUGACAUAAUUUCCUCACAAGAAGAAAUUAACCGGCUGUCCAGUGAAGUUUCGAGGCUGGAAUCUGAGGUUGGCCACUGGAAAAACAUAGCCGAGAUUUCUGAGGCCAAAGGAACACAUAGUUCUGAUCAAAAUGAAGUCUAUAAACUUCAGUGUAUCAUUAAUGAACUUAAACAAAAUCAAAGCCAGGAAAUGGAUAACUACCAACAUGAAAUGGCGGUAUUGCAAGACACAUAUCAGGUGAAACUGGCUGAGGUAACUCGUCGGUAUGGAGAGGAAAUCCGUGGCCGUGAGGAACGAAUUGAGGAGCUUGAGCAACUAUUGGAGCAAGGUGGUUCAGGAGCUGACUACCCUAAAGUCUCCGAGAUGCAAAAGUCCAUUGAAGUGUUACAAUCAGAGAAAGCUGAAUCCUCCCAAAAAAUCAACGAACUGGAGGGUGAAAUAAAAGACAUAAGUCAAAGAUUAACUUCCGCUGAAAAUGACAGGGAUAUUUUGAAGAAAGAACACGAACAGCUGAUUGUAGAAAAGCAACGAAUUUUGGAAGACUAUAAGACCUUACAAGUGGAGUUUGGGAGGCUGGCGUCGUGUGCUGAGAAACCCGUGGAGCUGGCGGCAGGCGGGGAAACUGUGCCCAGUGCACUGAGGGAGGAAGUGCUCAGGCUCCGGCAGGCCCUGGCUGAUGCUGAAAAUGAAAACACCCAGCUCAAUCAGAAAUCACUUGCAAAAUUAAGCAGUGAAUAUGAAGACAUUAAAAGUAUAGACGGGAGAAAUUUGAAUUCAGAGUUACAUAAUCUAAGACUUAACUUGGAGGCAAAAGAACGGGAACUUAUUCAGAGUAUUAAUGAAAAGGAAAUACUGAUGGCUGAGUUGGAAGAACUGGACAAGCAGAAUCAAGAAGCUACAAAGCAUAUAAUUUUAAUGAAAGAUCAGCUAUCAAAACAACAAAAUGAAGGCGAGGUCAUCAUCAGUAAACUGAAAGAAGAUCUAGAUCGUGAAAAAAAGAGAGUUCAUCAGCUUGAGCAGGACAAAGUAAACAUCUCUGAAGAAUUGGAGGAGGAGAGAAAAAACUUAAUUCAGAAUGACAAGGAACUGUGUGCUAUGCAUUUAACCAAGCAGGAGCUCGAAAAUAAAGUACAAAAUUUAGCUGAUCAGCUAAAUAAAGCCCAGGAAAAUAAUGAAGGCAUCAAGAAAGAGAAUGUUGAGCUCAAAGAAUGCAUUCAACAAAAUGAGGAGGAGCUUGAUAGAAUUAAAAAAGAAUUAGUUCUUAACCCAGAAUUAAUUAGUAAUAAUUGUAAUGAUAAUUUACUUAAAGAAAAGGAAAUUGAAGUAAGAAACUUAAAGCAGAAGCUUUCAGAAGCACAAGAAUGUGAUGAAAAUUUACAGAAAAUUGCCUUUGAUCUCAGAAUAGAAAAUGAGAAGUUGAUUUUGGCAUGUGAACAGCUGAAACAUAAAUUGGAGGAGUCUGUUACUAUAAACAAUCAGAUUUCUUUGGAAAAAGACACGAUUGUGGAGACCCUGAGAAGGGAAAAGGACCAGCUAGAAGCUGACUUACGUGGCGCUGAGAAGAGGCUGUCGGAGGAGGCCUACAGGCACAGGCAGAGCCUCGAGGAGCUGUCCAGCACACACGGUUUGGAUUCCUCUUCCCUUAAGCUGGAACAGGCACGUUUAAUGGAACUCAUUCAGCAGAAGGACUUGGAAAUAGCGGCCCUGAAAAAGAGUAUUGAGCAAAUGGACACCAGUCAUAAACAUACCGAGGAGCUCUUGUCCUCUAGUUUAGAAAAGCAGGAGCAGUUGACACAAGUUAUAAAUGAGAAGGAAAAUUGCAUUGAAAAUCUUCAAGAAAAAAGUUCAGAGCUGCAGGCGGAAUUGGACAAAUAUAUUGAGACUUCUAAGAAGAAUGAAGUUUUACAACAGACCAUAGAGGAAAAGGAUAGAAGCCUGGGCUGCAUGAAAGAAGAAAAUAAUCAUCUCCAGGAGGAGCUGGAGCGGCUCAGGGAGCAGCAGAGUCGAGCUGUGCACGGGGCCGAGCCCAGACCGCCCGACAGCGUGGCCGAACUAGAGUCAGAGGUGACCCAACUGACCAUUAUCAAGGGACAGCUUGAAGAAGAGGUUAAACAACAUCAAAAGAUCAUUGAAGAUCAAAAGCAGAGUAAGAGGCAGCUGCUUCAGUCUCUGCAGGAGCAGAAGAAGGAGAUGGAAGAGUUUAAAUACCAGUAUGAGCAAAAGAAUGCCACGUAUACACAGCUGUUGUUAGAGAAAGAUGAGGAAAUUAAAAACCUGCAGAAAACAAUUGAACAGAUCAAAACCCAGCUGCCCGAGGAAGGACAUGAUAUCCCCACCAAAAACUGUGAUAUCUUUCCUGUAGCAAAAGUUCAAAAUGUUAGCGUGGAAAAUGGAAGUGAAAAGCAUGAUUUAUCUAAAGCAGAAACAGAGGAGUUAGUAAAAGGAAUAAAAGAGCGAGAAUUGGAGAUUAAGCUUCUAAAUGAAAAGAAUAUAUCUUUAACUAAACAGAUUGACCAACUAUCAAGGGAUGAAGUAGGAAAGCUAACUCAGAUUAUUCAGCAAAAAGAUUUGGAGAUCCAAGCUCUUCAUGCUAAAAUCUCUUCACCGUCCUACUCCCAGGACAUCCUUGACCUUCAGCAGCAGCUGCAAGCCUACGCUAUGGAGAGGGAGCAGGUGUUAGCUGUUUUGAGUGACAAAACAAGGGAAAACAGCCAUCUCAAAACAGAGUAUCACAAAAUGAUGGACAUAGUGUCUGCCAAAGAGGCAGCGCUGAUUAAACUCCAAGAUGAAAAUAAACAAAUGUCCUCCAGGUUUGAGAACACCAGCCAAGAAAUGUUUAAAGAAACGGUUCAGAAUCUAUCACGGAUCAUAAGAGAAAAGGACAUGGAGGUAGACGCAUUACGGCAAAAAUGUGACACUUUAUUGACUGUCCUGCAAACCUCUGGCACCAGUAAUGAGGCCGGGGGUGUUAACAGUGAUCAGUUUGAAAAACUAUUACAGGAACGUGAUAACUUAAAACAACAGGUUAAAAAAAUGUUUGAGUGGAAACAGCAAGUAACGACUACCGUCCAGAAUAUGCAUCACGAGUUAGCCCAUCUCCAAGAAGAGCUGCUUCAGGUUCAAGCUCAAAUGUUGGUGAACAGUGACAGUAGUGAUAAAUUACAAGGGAACUACGAUGACCUGAUACAGAAUUAUGAACAAAAUGAAAACAAACUAAAAAAUUUGAGGCACGAGUUGGCACAAAUGCAGCACUAUUUUGGGCAACUCUGCAAUGCCAAAGACCUUUUCUUAGGAAAACUUGAUAGCAUUUCACCCCCGCCGCUUACUGGGUCAUUGCCUCCUUGCGAAUCUGACAGAACCAGGGAGACUUCCCCAUCGCUUCAGCAAGAGGUGGAAGAACUAAAGAGAACCCUGAAAGAAAGAGAAACCAGCAUCAGAACUCUGCAGGAGAAUAACCAACACCUGUCUGACUCUGUCGCUGCCGCCGCAGAGCUGGGAAGGAAGGAGCAGGAGCAGCACGAUUCGGAGCUUGGGCAGCUGAAGCACAAGUAUGAUGCACUGCAAAACCUGCUCAAGGAGAAAGACCUCCUUCUCAAGGACCAAAGCAGCCAGCUGCACUCCUCAAGUGAAGAUUUGACCAACAAAGUGAAUGAGAAUGAACUUUUGAGGCAGGCAGUAACAAACCUGAAGGAGAGAAUACUAAUUUUGGAAAUGGAAAUUUCAAAACUGAAGGACGAAAAUGAUAAAAUAGUAGAAGAGUCGAGAGGGAAGGAAAACGAAUAUCAAGCAUUACAAGAGGCUAACAUGCACAUCUCUAUGAUGUUGCGAGAAAAAGAGGCCGAGUGCCAUUCAUUGAAGGACAGAGCUGUUGCUUUUGAGCAACUGCUGAAGGAGAAAGAACAGGGCAAGGCCGGGGAAUUAAAUCAACUUUUAAAUACGGUUAAGUCGAUGCAGGAGAAGGCAGUAACGGUCCAGCAGGAGAGAGACCAAGUCCUGCUGGCCCUGAAGCAGAAGCAGAUGGAAGCCAGCGCCUUCCAAAAUGAGGUUCGACAUUUACAUGACAAAGAAACACGGUUAAACCAGGAACUAGAGCGGCUGCGGAACCACCUGUUAGAAUCAGAAGAUUCUUACACAAAGGAAAUUUUGGCUGCUGAACAGAGAGAGGCCAAACUUAAAGAAAAAGUCACAGUUUUGGAAAAAAAGCUAGUUUCAUCGUCAAAUGCGAUGGAAAAUGCCAGGCAUCAAGCCAACGUGCAAAUAGAGUCAUUACAGGAGCAGCUGAGCACAGUCUCCAGGCAGAGGGACGAGGGUGCCAUACAGCUCUCUGCGACCCAGGAACAGCUGAAACAGUCCUCUGUGUCCAUCAGGAACCUGCAGAUGGUGAUUGAGCACUUCCAGCAUGAGGAAAAAGUUAGAUAUUCUGCUGAAGUAGAAAAACAGAAGCAGCUUAUAACCGAGUGGAAGGACAAGGCCGAAGACCUGCAAGUAAAAGUGACUUCCUUACAAGAACGUUUGGAUGAAGCAAAUGCUGCAUUGGAGUCAGCAUCAAGACUGACAGAACGAUUAGAGCUCAAGGAAGGAGAAAUUGAACAACUUAAAAACCUAAAUCAGGUUCAACAAGAAAUGUUGGAUGAUGUACAAAAGAAAUUGAUGAAUGUGUUAAACAGCACGGACGGAAAAGUGGAUAAAGUAUUGAUGAGAAACCUCUUCAUUGGACAUUUUCACACCCCGAAAAGUCGGCGGCCUGAAGUGCUGCGUUUGAUGGGGAGCAUUCUGGGCGUGGAGAGAGAGGAGAUGGAUGAGUUGUUUAAAGAAGACCAAGGCGGCGUUACAAGAUGGAUGAGCGGGUGGCUCGGAGGAGGAUCAAAAAGUGUCCCCAACACACCUCUAAGACCGAACCAGCAGUCUGUUCUAAACAACUCUUUUUCAGAACUUUUUGUCAAAUUUUUAGAAACUGAAUCACACCCAUCCGUUCCACCACCAAAACUUUCUGUUGAUGAGAUGAAACCUCUAGGUUCCCUGGGAACAAGACCGGGCACAGGUGUGCCAGAAACUCUUAAAGAUUCAGCAAAUUCCAGGUCUGGUAGAAGUGACGUGAAUCCGUUUUUGGCCACCCGUUCGGAUGCUGUGCCCCUUAUUAGCCCUGCUGGACUCGGCCUGGGCAGACCCGAGCACCUUCUCCUUAAGCCACUUUCGGACGUGUUGCCCACAUUUACGCCGAUGCCAGUGUCACCAGACGACAGCGCUGGAGCUGUGUUAAAAAAUCUGUUAGAGCAGUAGAGCUCUCUGUAAACCGAAAGGAGCGCCUGCAUACCUUCUGUUUGUGUUUGUUCUUUUUGUUUGUGUUUUUUUCUGUUUUGUUCAUUCUUUUUUUGUUCUUUGUUUUUGGGGGU